AUUGCAACUUAGUUUCCAUUCCAAGCUAGCAAAAAACCUCAAAAUACCUUUAGCUCUCCAAGAAUGGGAAGCUUAUCAUUUGAGAAGGAUUUUGAGCCAUCGGUUGUAACUCCCAGAGGUUUAAUAGCAAAUGGAGAUUUUGGAGAAAUGAAAAGACUGAAGGUGGCAACAGCAACUACACCAAGAAAGAAUUUGAAUAUUACAGUUACAGAGCCAGGGUCUAGGAAUGAUGGACCAAGUCUCGACUGUAUUUUGAUGAAUUAUAUUGAUACUCUUUCUCAACGUAUCAACUACCAUAUAGGUUAUCCAGUGAACAUAUGCUAUGAGCACUAUGCGAGCUUAGCCCCACUUUUACAAUUCCACUUAAAUAAUUGUGGUGAUCCCUUUCUUCAAAACACUGUGGAUUUUCAUUCAAAAGAUUUCGAAGUGGCUGUUCUGAACUGGUUUGCAGACUUAUGGGAAAUUGAAAAAGAUCAAUAUUGGGGUUAUGUUACAAAUGGUGGUACUGAAGGAAAUCUCCAUGGCAUUUUGGUGGGGAGAGAAUUACUUCCAACUGGGAUAUUAUAUGCAUCAAAAGACUCUCAUUAUUCGGUCGCCAAAGCUGCGAUGAUGUACAGAAUGAAUUUUGAAAUGGUUAAUACAUCAGUACAUGGAGAGAUGGAUUAUUCAGAUUUGAAAGCAAAAUUACUUCAAAACAAGGGCAAACCAGCAAUAAUUAAUGUUACAAUUGGUACUACCUUCAAAGGAGCUGUUGAUGAUCUUGAUAUUAUUCUUCAAACACUUAAAGAUUGUGGCUAUACACAUGACCAGUUUUAUAUCCACUGUGAUGCAGCACUCAAUGGGCUUAUUAUCCCUUUCAUUAAAAAUAUGAUUUCAUUCAAGAAACCAAUUGGAAGUGUCACAAUUUCUGGUCACAAGUUCUUGGGAUGUCCAAUGCCUUGUGGAAUUCAAAUAACAAGAAAAAGUUACAUUAACAAUCUCUCAAGAAAAGUUGAGUAUAUUGCUUCAGUAGAUGCAACAAUUUCUGGAAGUAGAAAUGGUUUAGCUCCAAUCUUCUUGUGGUAUAGUCUAAGUGCUAAAGGUCAAAUUGGGCUUCAAAAAGACGUCAAGAGAUGCCUUGACAAUGCCAAAUACUUAAAAGAUCGUCUUCAACAAGCAGGAAUCAGUGUCAUGCUCAAUGAACUUAGUAUCAUAGUUGUCCUGGAGAGACCUCGUGACCAUGAAUUUGUUCGUCGUUGGCAGCUUUCUUGUGUGAGAGAUAUGGCGCAUGUUAUUGUUAUGCCAGGUAUAACCAGAGAAAUCUUGGACAAUUUCGUCAAUGAUUUAUUGCAACAAAGGAAAAAAUGGUACAAAGAUGGAAAUGUUACACCUCCUUGUGUUGCAGAAGAUAUUGGUGCCCAAAAUUGUGCUUGCUCUUACCACAAAAUUGAUUUCAUUAUCCCAUAAAAGAGAUGAAAAUCUAUUACCUCUUUGCUACUGAGUUUGUCUUCUAUAGACAUGGCAUUUUGUAACUUUUUUAAUGACUUCAUCUUUUUUAUUUACGUCCACAAUGAAUUGUAUACUACAAGUAGCGUUGCUAUUGCACCACAUAGAAAAAAUGUCGAGAGAAAUAUAUGGUUUUAUGCACAUGGUUAUAUUUGAGAAUCAGUUUCACAA